UUUCUUUCUAUAGUGCACCAGAAUGGAGUACGACACUGCUCCUACUCAGCGUCAAGGAAGAAUCUGUACGUUAACAAAACCACAAAGGUUAUCUGUCAGGGUUUUACAGGCAAACAGGGCACCUUUCACAGCCAGCAGGCAUUGGACUACGGCACCAAUCUAGUUGGCGGAAUUUCUCCAGGAAAAGGAGGGAAAACUCACCUGGGUCUGCCUGUCUUUAAUUCUGUGAAGGAGGCCAAAGAACAAACUGGUGCAUCUGCCACUGUUAUAUAUGUACCCCCUCCCUUUGCUGCUGCUGCGAUUAACGAAGCAAUUGACGCAGAAAUCUCCUUAGUUGUAUGCAUUACUGAAGGUAUUCCCCAGCAGGACAUGGUUCGGGUUAAACAUAGACUGCUUCGACAGGAUAAGACUCGACUGGUGGGCCCGAAUUGCCCUGGAGUCAUCAAUCCUGGCGAGUGUAAAAUUGGUAUCAUGCCUGGUCACAUUCACAAGAAGGGAAGAAUUGGUAUCGUGUCAAGAUCUGGCACCCUGACGUAUGAAGCUGUUCAUCAGACAACGCAAGUUGGAUUAGGGCAGUCUUUCUGUGUCGGGAUUGGAGGAGAUCCCUUCAAUGGAACUAAUUUUAUUGACUGCCUUGAUGUCUUCCUGAAGGAUCCUGAUACUGAGGGGAUCAUAUUGAUUGGGGAAAUUGGAGGAAAUGCUGAAGAAGAUGCAGCAACAUUCUUGAAAGAAAAUAAUUCUGGUCCAAAUGCCAAGCCGGUAGUGUCAUUCAUAGCUGGGCUGACCGCUCCUCCAGGCAGGCGGAUGGGUCAUGCUGGAGCAAUCAUUGCUGGGGGAAAGGGUGGAGCCAAAGAGAAGAUAGCCGCUCUUCAAAGCGCUGGUGUUGUGGUCAGCAUGUCUCCUGCUCAGCUAGGCAGCACCAUAUACAAGGAGUUUGAGAAGAAGAAAUUGCUGUAAGAGAAGACCCUUUGGAAUACUGUCUCCAAAAUACCAGUGCAGCACCUGGCCUCCGCUUAUCUUUUGUCUGCUAAUCUUCAGUUGCUCAAAUGACUGACUCUGGUCUUUGAAUUUGACUUUGAAGCCAUAAACCUUUUGGCUAAACCUGUUUUGAUGUCUCCUCGGUUCAGACAUGAUCACCUGAUUGUAAAUCACACCAACUUAAUAAAUACAAUGCUGACCUCGUGCUUCACCUUCUGAAUUCCUGAAGCAGAGCCAUUUCUUCAAUCAUCAUAAAGAAAAUCAAUCGACCUUGAAGGUUUGAUUCUUUUGUAACUUAAGCACUGCCCAUUUUAAACUGAAGUCACUUCUAGAGAUGCUUUUAAGGGUCAAGGCACUGUCUUUAUGCACCUAUCAAACUUUAUUUUUAAAAUAAAGUCAUACUUGUUUGUUGUUGGCAAGUACAUUUGUUUGAACGGUAGGCCACGGUUUCCGUCCAUUAAACCAAAGCUGCUGAAUCUGAA